AUGAGCGGCAUUCACAGGUUUCUCACUAGGCGCGAGCGAAAUAGCAGAUAUGGAAAGAAAGACGAGUCUUCGAAUAUUCUUUCCCGUCCCCUUUUCCGUGGCUUCUUUUCGUCGACCCAAGCACCAAUAGAUACAGACGAGGAACAGCAGAAGAAGGUCAAGCUCCUUGAGCGUCGCAUCGCGCAGCUCGGUAUCACCAAUCUUAAAGAGGAGCACUUUGGCUAUGCCCUACAAUCAUCGCAUGCCCAGGGAGAUGUAGACAAAGCGUUUGACUUGCUGCUACUUCUCGAGGACUCUAUAGAAGGGAUCAUAAGGGGAUAUACGCCAAGUACGAAGCUUCUGGGAGCAGAGAAUCGUCAAGGAGUUACCUGCUAUUUAGACGCACUUCUUUUUGCGAUGUUUGCUCGUCUAGAUUGCUUUGAGGCUAUCCUAUACAAAUCCUUCAAUGACGAGCCUCGUCGAAAACUUGUCAUACUGUUAAGGCUCUGGGUCAACAUGCUGCGGUCAGGAAAACUUAUAACAACGGACCUUGUACGUGUGCUAUUUCUGCUUACGCUGCAACGAGAAGAGACACUGACGGGAUGCCUGAAGACCAAACACCUGCAGGACGCACUAGCUGAAUGUGGCUGGGAAGAUGCUGCUAAGCUACGUCAGCAAGAUACAUCGGAAGCGUUCACAUUUAUUACAGGAAAGCUGGAGUUGCCGCUCCUUACUUUAAAAAUGGACAUCUAUCAUACGGGGAAGGAAGAUGCGAGCGAUGACCACAAGUUUGUUAAUGAAAGGUUACUAGAGGUUGCGAUACCGGAGCCUCAUGAUGGAAACACUGUCACACUCGAGGAUUGUUUGGAAUCAUACUUCAACAAUCGGAUAGAAGUGAAACGACACCUUGAACGGCGUAACACUGUGGGAUCUACUAAAUCGGUAGACUCAUUAUCGAAGGGUUUCACGACGCACGUCGAGACAGUGGAAAUUAGUCCAUCCCCUUCGACAUCCCCGACAACCCUAUCACCUCCUCGACUUGAUGAAGUGACCCCAAUCUCGUCGGUGACGGAAACAAGUGGCUCAAACACACCUAAGCCCAGGCGAAGCAGCAUCGUCCAAGAACGUUUUAUUCCUGACUCAGAAGGCGAUGGAAACAUGACAUCACAACGAAGAGGCUCAUAUCGGAAAGAGGUCAUGAUGCCUGCAUGGCAGUUCUUUAGUUUGAUACCUUGGUAUACGGAUAAUACACCGACCAAUGAUGCACAGGUUGCAGCACAUUUUUCGUCAAAACGACCAAUACUGGGAUUGUGCCUAAAGCGUUAUUCUAUGUUACCAAACGGUAAAGCCGUCCGACUUAAUACCUUCAUUGAUAUACCAACAGAGAUUGGAUUACCCCAUUUCAUCCAAGAUGAUAACUUGGACGAAGAGGGUCCGAUAUACGGGAAUUUUAAGCUGUCCUUGCAGGCAAUGAUUUGUCAUAGAGGCAACUCGGUUGACUCAGGGCAUUACAUUGCUAUUGUUAGGGGCACUAGUGCUGGUGCUCCCCCAACUAGCUCUCAUAGUUCGGAGACAGCCUUUUCGGAUACCACCAAAUAUUGGAUGCGAUUUGAUGACUUGGCCGCGGAGCGUGUGACUUUAGUUGAUAUUGAACGAGCCCUGAAGCACGAGUCGCCGUAUCUUCUAUUUUACCAAAUUCUGCCGGUCAAUGAAGAUGCUGCGGCGGUCAAUCUCCCAGACACGGCGCCUUCUUCUGAAAUGUCAGAUGAUGUUCAGGAAAUAGACACCUCGGCAAUAUCCCAGAAAUUAAGCACCUCGGGGGGUGAUCUUCCUGAAAGUUGGCGUACGGAGGGACUCCGCUCGAACAGACCGAGCUUUGAAAUCACCGCCCCGGAUAAUGCAGAAAUCCUGCCUCUGGAGCAAAAUGACAGAAAACAUAGUGUGGCCUUCUCCGACGCAGUUGAGUCGAAUGCCUCUGGAGGACUUCAGGUACGAGCGGUGCCAUCGACGUCACCGAGACUUGGCCCAAGAGACGAUGAUAGAGGGAGGAACUCCUUCUCAUUUUCUCGGCAUACCUCGAGGAACCGGAGAAGCGCACCUGGCAGCCGUGCGGGGAGCCAAACUAGCGAAAGCAGAAUUAGUGCUACAUUCUCACGUUUCACCGGUCGACGCAGCAGGGAUAAAGUCAACGGCGAUGGCUUCUCGACUGAGGACGAUGAGUUUGCUGUUGAGAACAUGCCACCAGGCGAGGGGGCUAUGUCAACAAGCAGUGAAAGCAAUGAGAAAAGUCCUACACGCGGAAAGGAAAGCACCAAGAACAAAGGGAAGUCUAAGGAGAAGUCCAGGGAGAAGAUUGGGCGAAAGCUGGAGCGGGAGUGCUCUCGCAUCAUGGCGCUGGAUGCAUCAAACGGUUAUGUUGCUCCUAGCAACUUAACUGAAACCCCCGACUCCGCACUCUUCGAUGUCCGACGUGUCCAGCUUCAGUUCCCGCUCGCUGCGGAUUUCGUCGCUGCGCAAGUUGCGAACAAUGUACUCAUUCUGGCUCUCGCAACCAAUCGUAUUCUUAGAAUUGACUUGGAAGCCCCCGAAGAUAUAGACGAUAUCGACCUUCCAAAGAAAUCCUCGGAAAUAGGAGUUAUUCGUCGCAUGUUCCUGGACCCUUCCGCAUCCCACUUAAUAAUUACCACCACCCUUGGCGAGAACUACUAUCUCCAUACCCAGUCGAGGCAACCCAAGCCACUGUCGCGGCUGAAGGGAGUGUCAAUUGAGAGUAUCGCCUGGAACCCAUCGCUUCCGACCGCUUCUACUAGGGAGAUACUUCUAGGAACUACAGAUGGCCAUAUCUACGAGGCUUAUAUCGAGCCCUCCACCGAGUUCUAUCGCCGCGAGGAAAGAUACGCCACCGCUGUGUAUAAAGUGCCGGAGGCUUCGCCGGUGACAGGACUUUGGGCGGAGCUAGUUCAAACUCAGGCGGAGCAGAGGCGCGUGCUGAUAGCGACCCAUGGAAGGUUAACAUAUUUCAUAGGGCGGACGGGAAGACAUGGAAGAGAAGGCGGGGGCUCUAUAUACGCCGAUCUCUUCCAACGAGAAACCCCUUUAGUGCACGAGGCCCAAAAGGCUUCAAACGCUGCACCUUCAGCCCUGGCCAUAUCACCAAGCGCUGCGGAUGGGAACACUGCGAAGGAGUUUGCGUGGCUUAGCUCCCAAGGUGUAUAUCAUGGCCAGCUUCCAUACUCUUCUGAGAAAGUGAACCAACCCUUUGAGACUGCGAAUAUGCUUUCGCGGUCAUUCUUUCCAGCUACUGAAUCUGCGCGAGGAGGCAAAAGGCUUAUUCAGAAUCCUAUUACUGCUAUGACGCUUUCGCAGUGGCAUAUUCUAGCCCUCGUCGAGGGUAGAGUUAUUGCCGUGAACCGCAUGAACGAAGAGAUCGUUUAUGACCAGGCUGUAUUGGAACCGGGACAGAGUACGCUGGGUCUCUUGGCAGACUCUACACAACAAACCUACUGGUUGUUCACCAAUCAAGAAAUCUUCGAGAUCGCAGUCGAGGACGAGGACAGAGAUAUUUGGAAGGUGUUUCUGCAGAAACAGAUGUUUGAUGAGGCCCUUCAUUACGCUCGCUCCAGCACACAAAAGGAUGUGGUCUCCACUGCUUCAGGUGACUUUCUUGCCAGCAAGGGCCGAUAUCUGGAGGCGGCCAAAGUCUGGGGUAAGAGUAGCAAGGGGUUCGAGGAGGUCUGUUUGACUCUGAUUAAUGGCGGGGAGCACGACGCUUUGCGAAAGUAUCUUCUUGGCCAGUUAUCAACCUACAAAAAAUCAUCGUCAAUGCAGCGGAUAAUGGUUGCAAGCUGGUUGGUAGAGGUGUUCAUGACCAAGUUGAACUCCUUGGAUGAUAACAUGGCCACCAACGCGGAAGUGGCAGAGGGAACAAGCACUGAAGAUAUCAAAGGCCAACUCAGUGGUGUCCGUUCUGAGUUUCAGGAGUUCGUCACCAAGUAUAAGUCCGACCUCGAUAAGAAGACGGUGUACGGCAUAAUCAGUAGUCACGGUCGGGAAGAGGAGCUGCUAUAUUUCGCCACAGCCGUCAGUGACCACAAUUAUGUGCUUUCUUACUGGAUCCAACGCGAGAAAUGGCCAGAGGCUCUGAAUGUUCUCCAGAGACAAAGUGACCCUGACGUAUUCUACAAAUACAGCAGUGUGCUUAUGACCCAUGCUGCUACUGGUUUGGUCGAUAUCUUGAUGCGACAGACGAACCUUGACCCCGAAAAACUUAUACCUGCUCUGCUGAACUACAAUAAGAUGUCAAAUGUUCCGCUUAACCAGAACCAAGCUGUCCGAUACCUCAAUUUCAUCAUCGUCAACCACCCAAACCCCUCACCGGCAGUGCACAACACACUCAUAUCAAUACAUGCUUCGAGUAUCUCCUCCUCGGAAGCAGGGCUCUUAACCUAUCUUCAGUCACAAGCUUCAUCUCCACCCCCUUACGAUGCGGAUUUUGCCCUUCGUCUUUGUAUUCAACACCAGCGCUUUCAGUCAUGCAUCCACAUCUACAGCGCUAUGGGACAGUAUCUCCAAGCAGUAGAGCUGGCUCUGCAGCAUGAAGAUAUUGAGCUAGCAGCUAUCAUUGCUGACAGACCGGAGGGGAACGAUAAGCUUCGGAAGAAAUUAUGGCUCCUCGUGGCCGAGAAGAAGAUUCAACAACCUGGAACCGGCAUUAAAGACGCUAUUGAGUUCCUUCGCCGAUGCGAACUCCUCCGCAUCGAAGACUUGAUUCCGUUCUUUCCAGAUUUUGUUGUCAUCGAUGACUUCAAGGAUGAGAUAUGCAGUGCUCUGGAAGAUUACUCCCGGCAUAUUGACGCCCUGCGCCAGGAAAUGGAUAACUCAGCACAUACAGCGCGACAGAUCCGAUCCGAAAUCGCGGCUUUGGAUAUGCGCUACGCCAUCGUGGAACCUGGAGAAAAGUGUUGGCUUUGUUCACUCCCUGUUCUGAGUCGGCAAUUCUUCGUUUUCCCAUGUCAACACGCCUUCCAUAGCGACUGCUUGGGGAAGGAGGUGCUCGAGGGAGCCGGUGGCAAAAAGAAGUAUAUACGGGAUCUGCAAGCGCAGCUAAACAACAGUGACAUAAGUUCAUCUCGACGGGAGGAGAUAGUCAAAGAAUUAGAUGGCUUGAUAGCAGAGGCUUGUAUUCUCUGCGGAGACCAUGCGCUCAAACAAAUCGACAAGCCAUUCAUAACGGCCUCUGACGCGGCAGACGACUGGGCAUUGUGAGAGCAAUGUUUCCAUGUAAUUCCCACCUCUGUUAUCGUUUUAUUUAUGAGUUAUAUCCUGGAGUGUUUCUCUUUCCGAUUUGACGGACGUCGUUCCACCGACUUCCGCAUGAAAGAAUCCGUUAUGUUUAUACCAUUGCCUUACAAGUUGUUAGAAUAUAUCCCAAUCCA